CGGCUCCGACUUCCUUCUGCCUGUAGGAUCCUCAACGUCUGCCCGGGGCGGGUUCCUCUUCGCGUUUUGGUCUCCUGGUCCCCCGCCGCUGCUCAGUCCUCCAGCCCUGGAAGGAGACCCCGAACUCUCCCCCGACUCGGCUCCCCAGCCUGGCCGUGGCCCCGGCGCCCCGCACCGCCGCACCUUCCCUUCCACCUUGGGGUGCGUUGUGGGGGCCCUGGGCUUGUUUUCCUCCGGCGUUUGCCCAGUUGAAAGUCUUUUUGAAAAACAUUCAACUUAAAUGACCAAAAUGGAUAUCCGAGGCGCUGUGGAUGCUGCUGUGCCCACCAACAUCGUUGCUGCCAAGGCUGCAGAGGUUCGCGCGAACAAGGUGAACUGGCAGUCGUAUCUUCAGGGGCAGAUGAUUUCUGCUGAAGAUUGUGAGUUUAUUCAAAGAUUUGAGAUGAAAAGAAGUCCUGAAGAGAAGCAGGAGAUGCUUCAGACUGAAGGCAGUCAGUGUGCUAAGACGUUUAUAAACCUGAUGACUCACAUCUCCAAGGAACAGACAGUGCAGUACAUCCUGACCAUGGUGGAUGACAUGCUGCAGGAAAAUCACCAGCGUGUUAGCAUUUUCUUCGACUAUGCAAAGCGUAGCAAGAACACUGCUUGGCCCUACUUCCUGCCAAUGUUGAAUCGCCAGGAUCCUUUUACUGUUCAUAUGGCAGCAAGAAUCAUUGCCAAGUUAGCAGCCUGGGGAAAAGAACUGAUGGAAGGCAGUGACUUAAAUUACUAUUUCAAUUGGAUAAAAACUCAGCUGAGCUCACAGAAACUGCGUGGUAGCGGUGUUGCCGUUGAAACAGGAACAGUCUCUUCAAGUGAUAGCUCUCAGUAUGUGCAGUGCGUUGCUGGGUGUCUGCAGCUGAUGCUGCGGGUCAACGAGUACCGCUUUGCCUGGGUGGAAGCAGAUGGAGUGAACUGUAUAAUGGGAGUUUUGAGUAACAAGUGUGGUUUUCAACUCCAGUAUCAAAUGAUUUUUUCAAUAUGGCUCCUGGCGUUCAGUCCUCAAAUGUGUGAACACCUGCGACGCUACAAUAUCAUCCCUGUUCUGUCCGAUAUCCUGCAAGAGUCUGUCAAAGAGAAAGUAACAAGAAUCAUUCUUGCAGCGUUUCGUAACUUUUUAGAAAAAUCAACUGAAAGAGAAACUCGUCAAGAAUAUGCUCUGGCCAUGAUUCAGUGCAAAGUUCUGAAGCAGUUGGAGAAUUUGGAGCAGCAGAAGUAUGAUGAUGAAGAUAUCAGUGAAGAUAUCAAAUUUCUUUUGGAAAAACUUGGUGAGAGUGUCCAGGACCUAAGCUCAUUUGAUGAAUACAGUUCAGAAUUGAAAUCUGGAAGACUGGAGUGGAGUCCUGUGCACAAAUCUGAGAAGUUUUGGAGAGAGAAUGCAGUGAGACUAAAUGAAAAGAAUUAUGAACUCUUAAAAAUCUUGACCAAACUUCUCGAGGUAUCAGAUGAUCCCCAGGUGUUAGCUGUGGCUGCUCAUGAUGUUGGAGAAUAUGUGCGACAUUAUCCCAGGGGAAAACGGGUGAUUGAACAGCUCGGUGGGAAACAGCUGGUAAUGAAUCACAUGCAUCAUGAAGACCAGCAGGUCCGCUACAACGCUCUGCUGGCUGUGCAGAAGCUCAUGGUGCACAACUGGGAAUAUCUGGGCAAGCAGCUUCAAUCGGAGCAACCUCAGACUGCGGCUGCGCGGAGCUGAGUGCCACCCCCAGCCUUCCAGAUCUUGGCCAAGCACCUGGAGUGGGGCCCUCACUGUUCGGAGUUGAGAAGAACUUUCAUUUUGAGUAGGAAUUUCCUGCAUUGUGUAGCUUUUCUUUGUGCUAUUGAAAAAAAAGUGUUUGGUCUUUAAGUUGUGUAAAAGUAGUUGCUUUCUGUAUCUAAAGAAAAUCUUACUGUUAUAUAUACUGCUUAUAAUGCCUGUAUUUAUUGUUCUUUGGAAAUGAAUAGAGUUAUUAAAAGAUUCUCACU